GUCCCAUUUAUGUUCAGGGUGGGAAGUACAGCUGGCGUCCAGAGAAGACUCUCAUGACAUCUUCAACCUAAUGAAUAGGUUUGGAGACGAAUUGGGGUACUCAGUGUCAGUAACAGAGAAAGAAUUCACCGAAGCUGGCUGGCCAAGUGACCUUAAAAACAAGUCUUCCUUCGAGGUCUACAAGGUUUCCAGCAACAAGAAUGGUACAGGUAUUUUGGCGUACGGUUUGACAUGCCGAACAUUUGGCUGGAGUGGUCUGGUCCUGAGACUUGAAGAUUUGUACGUAGUGCCAGAAUACAGAGGACAAGGUGUUGGCAGGGCUGUACUGAUGCACUUAGCAAAGUUGAGCGUUGGAGCGGGGAUAUCUCGACUAGAACUGAACUCAGCUACCGGAGCAAAAAAAUUCUACCUCGAGCUGGGUGGAAGACAUCAGUCAGACUUGACUAUAAUGCAGUUCAGUAGGGAUUCCAUCGCGAGUCUUGCCGGGAUCACCAACGGCAACUAAUCUUCUACUAAUUCUUCAGACUAAUUGAUAUUUGUUAUGGGCUGGAUAUUUAAUCUAUCGAUUCCAAAGUUUAGGGUCGCCGAUU